UCUGCUCUACUUCUGCUGCAGGAAAUUAUCUACAGCAGAAAUGAAAGUUGCUAAAGAGAAACGUUACUGAAGGCUUUGUUAAACGUUUGUUUAUGGUUCAGUUUAAAUGGCGUUUAUUUUUAUAUUUGUUGUUUUGAUAAUUUACCAUGAACUGCUCAAGGGAUCGAUCAGCGUCGAACUAAGUAGGAAAUAUCUGACGGACGAAGAACGACUAUUGACUUUUCAGCAAGAAAAUGAAAACAACGAACUCUAUCAGAGACUGAUUAAUUUCCAGAGUUCCGUCAAGAGACAAGCUUUUCUGAACUCACAGUUGAAGAAAUCAAACCAUUCUGCCCGUUAUGGCAUCAACCAGUUCUCUGACUUCUCUCCAAAACAAUUCAAAGAGCGAUAUCUCACAGCUCGGGCUGAGACGGCUCCAAAGUUUGACCCAUCUAGGGCUGAAUUUCAAAUUAAGACGAAUUAUCCACCCAGGUUUGAUUGGAGGGACCAUGGAGUUGUCGGACCAGUACGAAACCAGGAGUCGUGUGGAGGUUGCUGGGCCUUCAGUGUGGUGGAGGCCAUUGAAUCCGUGUCAGCUAAAGAUGGUGGAAAACUACAGCAGCUCAGUGUGCAGCAGGUUAUAGACUGCUCUUAUGAAAACCACGGCUGUAAUGGUGGAUCCCCUGCUGAAGCUCUGUACUGGCUCAUAGAGACCAAAUUGAAGUUAGUGAAUCAGGCGGAGUAUCCCUUCAAAGCCGUAGCUGGAAGCUGCCAGUACUUUCCUCGUUCUCAUGAAGGAGUGAUAGUGAGGAAUUACUCCAAUUAUGACUUCAGUGUACAUGAGGAGGUGAUGAUGAGUGUCCUGGUGGCGUCUGGGCCUCUUGUGGUCAUUGUGGAUGCCAUCAGCUGGCAGGAUUACCUGGGCGGCAUCAUUCAGCAUCACUGCUCCAGCCACAAUGCCAACCAUGCCGUACUGAUCACCGGUUAUGAUACCACAGGGGAAGUGCCAUACUGGAUAGUACGCAAUUCAUGGGGACCUCAUGGGGCGAUAAUGGAUAUGUUUACAUCAAAAUAGGGAACAACAUGUGUGGAAUUGCUGACAAUGUUGCUGCUGUUUUGUGUGAUUGUCAAUAAUCUUUUGUACUUCCGCUAUAAGACCGUAUCAGAUCAACAUUUUAAAAUAUCAGCCUCAGGACGGAAAUCCUCCUGUGUAGCUGAGAAGGCUGUAAAAAAUCUCAAGUAGCAAAUCCAGUUGCCUCAUGAAUGCAGAGCAAGUACGCUGCUAUUUGAGCUUAUUCCUAAUAUGUAAUAUUCCUAAUACAUCAUAAUACAUCAUAUUCCUAAUCCCAGUCACUGUAGCCCAAAACGCACACUAGCUAGAUCUAUCUUUAAGAAUGUUUUAAUCUUCAGAAAACACUGUUAGUAAGUAUAAGUGCACAACUGAACUGAACGCUUACUGUAUUGUGACAUUGCACUGAUGUUGGACACACAAGUGAACUCAUCUGAGAAAAAUGUGAACAUUUGUUUUGUAUUUUUUUGAAUACUAAUACAGCCUUUAAUCUGUAAGUGAUAAUCACUACAGUACAUUAUGUACUAGAUAUUCAGAAUUAAUCUGCUUUUUUACUUAUUUGUAACUACAAACUUGGGUUACAUUUUAAUAAGAUGUAAUAAUAUUAAUUUAACACAUAUAUUUAGGGUUAGUUGGUUGUAAGUAUGUAUAAUUUGUUGAUUAUUCUUACUAUAGUAAAUAAAUGUAAGAUGUGUUACAAUGAAACUUAAAUAGUGUUAACCAAAGUUUACUUUUUAUUGUGUUUAGCAAUUGCGGUUGCAUUUUAGGAAUAAUCUUGACAUGUUUACUGAUAUUAAAUAAACUUAUACAUACUAAACUUAACAUAUACUAUUUAAGUACACUAUUUGCCAGAAAACAUUGUCUAUUUUUUUUCCAAAUAAACAAGAAGUAGGCUAUCAUAAUAUCUGUAUGUGUAUGCUCUUUAUUUACAAAAUAUAAAUCAGUUAACUACAUAUGUAAUGCGAUCUUGGAAAACCCACAUGGUAAAACUUUAAUUAUUACAGGUUUUGAUAGCAUAAAUUUCGUCAAAUCGUCGGCUGAUCGCUAUGAUUUUCAGGAA